AUGGGCCUCGGAAAAACAGUCGAAGUACUCUCCCUCAUCGCCUCCCACCCCUACUCCUUCUCCGCUCCCGAUCCCUCCCGUUCAUGGACACUGAUUAAUGAAAUUAAGGCGGUGGAGGAUCGACCGGUUGCGGUGGGUGCCACACUCAUCGUCUGUCCCGCCGCGAUUUUGGGACAGUGGUAUGAUGAGACGGUCAAACAUGCGCCUGGAUUAGUGGCGAGGAUGUAUGAGGAUCAGCGGCAGAGUUGGAAGUUGUUGAGUACGAGUGUUGAUGCGAGGGGGUUUGCUCGUGCUGCAUUCAGUGAUUGUGAUAUUGUGUUUGUCACGUAUGAGACGAUUACGAGGGAAUUGGCUAAUUCGAAUCGAGCGUCGAAGAGUCCGUUGUUGUGGGUGCAUUGGUGGAGGGUGGUUAUUGAUGAGGCACAGAUGGUCGCACAAUCGAAUUCUGCUGCAGCGAUCAUGGCGAAUGAGUUAUGGCGACGGAAUGGGUGGACGGUUACUGGAACUCCCUUCUCCACGGGGGUGAGCGACUUAGAGGGGUUAUUGACUUUUUUGGAUCAUGACCCUUUU